UACUGAGCUUGCAGUGGGAGACUGCGGUGCUGGCCCUCCAUUCAUUGUUAUGAGGUCGAUACGGAGUCGACUCCUCACUCCAGUCUCCAGUGCCGACGCGAUUGCCCUCGUGUGCGGACGUUAAGUCUAUGCGACACAUGCCGCACGUUUGGUGAACAUCGAAGCUUUUAUUUAUAAACAAAUGUUUAUUUACUGUAAUUACGUUGGUUAAUUUGCGGUUUAGAGAUCUGAACGUUGGGGAAACGAUUUCGCUGUGUAAAGUGGCUUGUUUUGUUCAAUGUUUAUAUUCGAAGGUGAAAAUACACGUGUGGCUUUGAGAAGAACCAGGAUCAUAAUAAUAUAAUGCCCAUCUAGUUAUACAAUUUACCUUAAAUAAGAUUAUUAGAAAAUACUAAACUAAAAAAUACUAUGUGGAAAUAAAAUAGUGUUAAUAGUGCAAUUUUACAAUGUAAAGAUUCGCGCUAAGGCAUAGUACAGACUACAGACAGUGAUGGUGAUAGUUUAAAAAUAACUAAACAAAGAAAAAAUGGGGAGAAGAAAUGUGAGUGUGAUGCGGUUGGGGAGAUGUGUGGCUUUCCUUGCCGCUGCAACCUUCCUGCUUCCCUUCACGAUUUUGCUGAUGGUUGCUGAUCAGCAGUACAAUCUGACUUACAACUCCAAACGGGUCUUCUAUCAAGAGAGCGACUUCUAUAAAAUUAAUGGAACAUAUUUAACGCCCACAUUUUUACGGACACAGUACCUCUUCGAAAAUGGUACCCACGAAGAGGGUUUGCUACCGCGCGAUAAGUUCAUGGAAGUCGGCGCUAGAAUGGACGCCAGGAGAGAGUACCUGAGGAGCGAAUGUUCAAGACUUGGCUUGGAUAGCACAUCGCAUAAGGCGUACGCGUGGGAGUACUUGAUCAAUCGGCAGUACCACGUUAUAUGGUGCAACAUUUUCAAAGCCGCAUCAACAUCAUGGAUGUACAACUUUAACUUGAUGGCGAACUACUCCGCCGCAUUCCUAGACAGAACGAAAGAAGUCCCUCUAGAGCUUGCUAGAAAGAAAUACGCGAGGCCUACAGUAGAAAUGAUAAGAAAGGCGCAAGGUGACUCGGUCACAUUCCUCAUUGUGAGGCAUCCGUUGGAGAGGCUGGCUUCGGCUUACAAUGAUAAAAUCGUCCAUGCUUGGCCUAAGUCCUUCCAUGACCAGAUGGGGCGAAGGAUAAUAAAGAAAUACAGAAGAUCGGGAACCAAACCAGCACCAACGGAGAGGUAUCCAGUCUUUGAAGAGUUUGUCUCGUACGUGCUGGACGAGGCGAAGGUCAAGCGUGCAUUGGACAUGCAUUGGACUCCUUACACGGACUUCUGCACUCCGUGCAAGUUCAACUUCGACGUCAUACUUAAAUUUGAGACACUUGACGAAGAUCAAAGGUUCCUGAUACAAAUGGCGCGACUGCAUGAGGUCAUCAAGCCGGAGUGGCGGAACAGCGGCAAGGGUACCAACACCUUGCACAACAUCAAUCAUUUGUACUCGCGCCUCAAGAAAUCGCAACUCGACGGCCUAUACAAUUUAUACAAAUACGAUUUCCAACUGUUCAACUACACAAUAGACAACUACUACGAAAUAUUACAAAAGGACGACAGCAACCACGGAUGAACGCAGAGCUCAGUUAUAUGAAUGCUUUAUUUUAUACGCUACAAAAGCGACGAGGUUGAUUGAUGAUGAAAAGAUUAUCGGAAAGACUGAUUGUAAGGGAAUAUUAUAAUGGCCACUUUAUCCAUCUGUUGAUAUAGUGUAAAGUUUUCAUUGUCUACAACUGAAACGUAAAAUAAUGUUAUGUAUUGAACACUAAACCGAUCUGAAUCUGGAACGGAAAAAAUUUGUAUGUAAGACUAAGUACUGAGCUUUGAUGUCUAAAAAAG